ACACUUCUCAGUUGACGUUUGUGAGAAGUGUCAAACGAAGCCACAAAAACUUUCUCAAACACAAUAAUGCAACAUUUAAUUUGUUAAAACGGUUUUAUUUAUAUAAUGUGAUUAGUUAAUUUAUCAUGAUAGUGUGGUGGUAGCAGAUUUCAAAAUGUACUUCCCAAUCGGUUGGCCCAAAGUUAUCAAAAUACCAGAUUUGGGACAAGCAAGUAUACGACAAAUAACUUGCAACAGGGACAGGAUUUUAUUCGCUAUAUUAACCGACGAUUCCAUCGCAAUUUGGUUUUGCAAACCAUGCGUUCCAAUUGUUUUCUACCGCCGAACCCCCCAAUCCUUGGAAAAAUUUGGAACAAACAUUUCAACGGAAUGGAAACCAGAUUCCAGCAUGGUUGCUGUUGCGACGUCGGAAGGUCACUUGUUAUUGUUUAAACUCGGAGUUGUGGCAGAUAAUAAGGGUUUAUAUGUCCAAACUGAUAGCCCCCAUGCCAAUUUACGAAGGGAUAGCGCCGAAUUGUUUAUUAAAGAAAUAAUACCACCUUUACACCUCACUCUGCACCAAGAAAUUAUGGUCUGGGAUGGUAAAAUAACAGGAAUUGUGUGCAUAACAAUGUCAGAAUUCAUGAUCUCAACCAGUGAAGGACAUGUCUUGAGGUACUGGUGGGAUGGACAACAACACAGAGAUUAUAAUUUAGAUUUGAGACGAAUACCUUUUUGUAUCAACCAACAAGUGUCAAAAGCAAUUCCAAUUGUUGAAGAAAAUACGUUUAUUGUUGAUAUAGAAUAUUCACCUCUAGUUGGCGGUUUUUCUAUUGUUUUAAAUGAUGGAAGAGCGGCAUUUUUAACAGCUUCGUCGCUAAAAUUCGACCCUAAUCAAGUGCAAGGAAUUUGGGCCCAAGGAAUCGAAGACGCCACUUGCACUGUCAUGAACCACAAAUACCGAUUAAUAACUUUCGGACGUGCAAAUUCCGAAUGCAUUGUUUAUUACGUUGACGAAAGCACAGGCGGCUUGGAAGUCUCCCACAAUUGUGUUUUGAGUAGUAAGGAUUAUCCCGGUGAUCCUGGUGCUGUGGGUCAAGUAUUGUGGACUCCUGAUGGUUGUGCUCUGGUUGCCGCGUGGGAGAAAGGCGGUAUUGCAAUGUGGUCAACUUUUGGAUCACUUCUCAUGUGUUCCUUGGGUUGGGAUUAUGGGUUAAAUAUUGAUCUUCAAACAAAUAAUCCCUUGCAAAUAAAAUCCAUGCAGUUUGCAACGGAAGGGUAUCAGUUAUGGAUGGUGCAUAAGGAGGCGAAAGAAGACGAAAUGAAUGGAAAUGGAGUGCAUACUACGAGUUUGUUGCAAUUGGAUUUUAUGAAAAGUGCUCUGACUAUAAAUCCGUGUAUGAGUCAUCAGAGUCACUUGUACCUUCAAGGCGAAGACAAACUGUACGUAAAUUCGGCCGACACUUUGAUCAAAAUGUUUUCUGAACGCUCAACCAAAGACGAGGGUGUUUUCAACGAGUCACUCUCAAUGACCUCCACUUUGGCAGAAGGACGACAAUGGCUUGUGAUUCCUGUCCCGUCUACAUACUCAGCAACGAAUUGGCCUAUCCGAUACUCGGCGAUUGAUUCAGAAGGCCAGAACAUGGCUAUCGCCGGUCGCACUGGCCUUGCUCAUUACUCAAUGCAGACACGCCGAUGGAAAUUAUUCGGUAACGAAACGCAAGAGAAAGAUUUCAUCGUAGUUGGUGGUUUAUUGUGGUGGAGAGAUUACCUCGUUAUGGGUUGCUACAGUAUUUUGGAAAAUUCGGAUGAAUUAAGGUUUUAUCCAAGAGACGCCAAAUUAGAUAACAAAUUCGCGAAAAUUGUGACUGUUUUAUCGCCGGUGCUCUUGAUGAAUAUCCUUCAAGAUCAGUUGAUUACGUUCGGAUCGGAUGCGCAGGUGACGAUUUGGGCCCUUAAGCACAACCCUACUGUGGGAAACGUUGACGUUUUUAAAGUACAAGUCGUGGAUAUAUCAGCGUUGGCUGUGCAUCCUGCAUGUAUCGUUUCACUAACUUUGUCUUCACUACGGACCGAAAUUGGCCGAGGUCAACCGAAUAAUUCCGAAAGUAUUGUUCUUAACGUCAGUGGAAGACUUUUGAUGGUGCAAAGGGAGGUGAGAAAUGGGGAACGAUACACGUGUUCUAUGCCAACUGUUCUUGCCAGUUGUGUGGAAAAUGUUUGGGUACCGAGUAGGAGAAAGGCCGAAAAGGCGCAUUUGACCGAAGCUUUAUGGUUGUUUUGUGGGGCACAUGGGAUGCGAGUUUGGUUACCUCUGUAUCCGAAAGAUGGCGACAAGACGCAUACUUUCAUGUCAAAAAGGAUUAUGUUACCCUUUCAUCUUAAAAUAUAUCCAUUAGCAAUUCUUUUUGAAGACGCAAUAAUUUUGGGAGCCGAAAAUGACACAGUUUUAUAUACGUCCGACUCAAACUCGCCGUUUUCUUUACCAUUUAGCGUAUUACAACGUACUAGUCAGGUGUACCUUCAUCAAAUCUUACGUCAAUUAAUCAGAAGAAAUCUCGGUUAUCACGCAUGGGAGAUAGCCCGAAGCUGUAUGAGUUUGCCUUAUUUUCCCCAUUCUUUAGAAUUGUUGUUACACGAGGUGUUGGAGGAAGAAGCCACCAGUAAGGAACCAAUUCCCGAUGCUCAAUUACCAAGCGUGAUAGAAUUUAUAAUGGAAUUUCCCGUCUAUUUGCAGACGGUAGUGCAAUGCGCCCGAAAGACUGAAAUCGCUCUAUGGCCGUAUCUUUUUUCGGCUGCUGGCAAACCGAAAGAUCUUUUUCAAGAAUGUAUGGCGAAGAGACAACUCGAUACGGCCGCUUCCUACCUCAUUAUAUUGCAAAAUUUGGAAACUUCUUCCGUUAGUAGACAGUACGCCACGUUGUUAUUGAACACGGCUCUUGAUCAGUCCAAGUGGGAACUCGCCAAAGAUUUAGUUCGCUUUCUCAGAGCCAUCGACCCCAAUGACGUGGAGUCUCCUCGGACGUCGUUCAUCCUCCCCCCCAAGCUGGGAAUCUCCCAACAGACACCCCCAGUCAGUCCCAACGCCGAAGACCUCUCCCUCAUACUCGGCAACGUCCAAGGCCCUCGCGUGCGCAGUUACAGUACAACAAUAUCGCCAAAACUAGUCGAAAACAGAACUACCAACCCUACCAAUCAUCCCAUAGAAUCACCCCAAACCGUUCGAAAAAAAUCCGUACCGAACACCGUCGGUCGGGGCUCACCCAACAACACCGCCGAGGAGUUUUUCAUCGAUGUUAUUCUACAAAAACAUGCGCGACGUUUACUCUCAACUCGACGUCUCACCGAUCUUGGUUAUUUCGCCGCUCACUUGGAUUUCCACCUAGUGGCUUGGUUGGGCAAGGAGAGGGAUCGAGCAGCGCGAAUCGACGACUUCGUCCAGGCUUUGAAGCACCUCCACGAGGAGUUUUCAUGGCCGUAUCCGACGCCAGCUGCGUUUUCGUUACAAAACACCGGUGGUGACGUCGAAGACCGUCUCAAACUGUUGAAAAUCGACGUGACUCACCCGUCGAGUCGGGUGGGUGAUAGCGGGUAUAUGAGUUUUCAAGGGUUGCCUUGCACGGGUCUGAUCACCCCCAUUAAUACUCUCGAUUCGAAUAGUCAGGUGGCUGAGACCGAACUCGGCGAUUUGUCACAAAGCGAUACUAAUAAAAUCGAUGAUAAGUGUGACAUUGCGACGAAUUCGACGUUUUAUGAUAAGAGAAUCGAUUUGUAUGGUGAUAAGACACUGGAGGCGCAGUCCGGAGGACGGGCUGAUGAUACGGCGAUGAGUUCGGUGAGUUCGGUCUGGGGCGAGGAUCGAAUCGAUUCGAGUAAUGAUAAUUGGGAAGUGCCCUCGUCGCAAAUCCUGGAACAGUUGUCUAAUACGGAUAAUAAGGGAUCGCAGAGGUCCGAAGUACAGUUGAGGUAUUUGUUGCAAUUGUUUAUGGAAGCGAGUUGUUUGGAAUGGUCGUUGAUUGUUUCGGUGUUGUUGAGGGAUGCAAUGGCGGUUUUGAGGACGGUGAAUGCCGCCAAGAGUCCGGAUCAGUCGAUUGAAGCGGUGUCGAGGUUGAGGCAAGGGUUACUGCUGUUACAGUAUUGGACCAAUACUGAGUGUUUGGGCUACAAGGCUUUCAUGUUGGCAAUACAAAACCAAAUUUCCGUCCUAUCGAAAAUCCUCGAGACAAAAAUCCAACAUCAGAAAAUCGUCGAGUACCAGCAAGCAGUCUCUGCAUCUCUCAAUAAACUCUCAACACCGAUUCCGGCCCGAUCUCGUAAAACCAGCUCGAAUCACGAUAAUUCUAGUCAAAGUGGUUCGAUUAAAGAAAAAAAGAACAUCAACAUAACCACCAAUCACAACACAAACGACGAAAAUAAUCCAAAUUCCAGUAGCGUCAAUCCGAAUCAAGAGAAUCAAGUGGAAGAUGCAAUCAUUCCGGAAAGCACCGGCUGCGUUAUAUCAUAAGUCUUUUUUGAUACGAAAUAAAUUUUCUGAGGACACUCGGAACUGCCUAAAACGAAAUAUUCCGUCUUAGAAGUGAUAGGUAAUAUAUAGUAUUUGGAUGUUUGCACUCUUUGACAAUAUGAUUUAGUUGUUUUUGAAACGGUUUUCAAUUGUGUUGUGCCUCGCAUUUAUGAAAUCGUGCAUUCCGCUGAAAGAAAUAUUUUUGCAAAUGAUAUUACCGUAUGAUUUCUCAGCAAUAACACUAGUUAUCGUAGCAAUUGUUCCGAUCAAUCGACAUGGGUGAUAAGGUGUUAAAAUUAUUAAUGUUGUAGGUUUUUAAAUCUGUUUCUAAUAACUUGUUGGUCAAUUUUUAUACAGUGGUAGAUAAUCCUAGACCCUAUACUGUCAUCCAAUUAAUACUCUACUUGUUAUUGUAUAAUUUAUUUAAAUAUUAUUUUUUCAACAACUUUAUUUUGUAACAUACUAAAAAUAAAUAACAGUUUUAUUCCGUUAA